CUCUGAAUCCUUCCUGUUUAAAGGCUGAACGACGCCGUUUUUUUGUGCAAAGUUUCGUGCCUCCAAUUCUACUUUUAAACCUCAAGUGGUUGACUGAAACUGGCGUAAAAGCUGAAAUGACUGUGCAACUAGAAAUUAUUUCGUAAUGUUGAAAAUGACGCAUUAAACAGCAUAGUGUUGACUGGACUCUCAAGACAGAGACAUAUCAAGCUACCUAAUGUUUUGGUUAACUUUAUCACUGGUGGUUUUCUGGUGUCACUCGACCAAAGGAAAAGUUUCAUGGCCAACCGGUAAAUAUGGCCUUCCUAUGCCCAAAGCGGGAUGCCCGAAUAACUGGUUCGAAGGUCGAAGAUUUCACGAUGAUAAAACUGGUAACCUGGUCGACCGUGAAGCCUAUAAUAACCUACACUUGGCUGGCUGGAUUACUAAAGAAGGUAUUGAACAAGACUUUUGUAUCAAGACAAGUACGGACAAGACACAGGAUUGGCCAGCAGGAAGAUACUGUAUUUUAAAACACGAUUCUUGUCCAGUUGGAUUCGCGGAUGGCUCCGUCCUUUGGCGUCCAAAAUCUUCCAGCUUCCAAGACGCAACUGUCAAUGGGAAAAAGUUAAAAGAAAGAACAGUUAGCUACUGUUGUAGUACCAGAGGUGAAAUUAACAGUUCUAUUUCGCUUCCCCUCGACAAGCCUUUCUACUUGUACUCCCUGAGUGGCGAAAAUUGUCAGCAAGUCAAAGGUGCAACACUAAAAGAGGAAAGUGUUAAUUUCGAUAAGAACGUUGGCAGAUAUGAAGUAAGCAUCGAGGGUAAAAAUCCAUUCCAAGUGGACACGCAUGGAUCACAGAUGAAACUAACAUAUUGCUAUUAUACUCCAGGUGGAGCUAUAGCAAUCCCAGAGAACCAAGAGGUCGAGAAAACGCUUUUCACUGGCUCUGCAUUGGACAAUAGCACCCAGUCCUCGGGCCUCGCUGUUGCUAUAGGUAUUGGGAUUGCAUGCGCAAUGGUGGGUACAGCGUCCAUUGCGUUGGUAACGAAAAAACUGUUCAGGAAAAAGACAGAUGGUGAUGAUGACGAUGACGAGCCAAGACCUGACGAUCCAUGAACGCAGUGAUCAACUCUUACCUAAAAUGGCUAUGCCAUAAGUAUUUAGUAGUUUUUUUGGAAACAUUUGUAAUAGCCAUUGGUGACAAUCGCCAAAAAUGUAUGAAGCCUGGAGCAAGAGCUUAUUGUGAGAGUAAUGAAAUGAAAAAGACUUUGUAAGUGAUGGACGCCUGGACAACCAAAGAGAAAAUCAGGAGGUGUUUUUUUUCUUCUGUUUCCUCUGUUCUUUAUUUGUCACAAUACAAAAGAAAACUUUCAUCGGAGAACUGCUUUUCCCAUUCAUUUUGUUCCUUCAUUUUUUUUUAAAUUCAAACACUUUCUUAAGAAACCUUAGUACACAAGUGUCACAGUUCAGAAUUACCUUGAGAGUGGAGAUGUGUUUGACAUCGUCUCUGCUUAUAAGAAGCGAAAUGCGUGAUUUCACCAAUUUUUUUUCUUAAAGAAAAAUAAUUAAAUAUGGUAUAAAAGUCAGAAAAAGCUUCAAUGAUUAAU